GAGCGAGGCGCGGGAGGAGGCGCAGGGAAGGGAAGGGAAGGGGAGGGAGGAGGGUCUCGAUUGGCGAUCGAGUGAACGAUCGUCGUCCGGAGUGCGAGAUUCUUCGAGUGCGGCAAUUCUCGGAUCGCGUCGAGGGAGGAAUGCGCUUCUUGCUUCGUGAGAUUGGGGCGUCGAGAGGGGCGGAACGGAUCGAGCGGAUUUGAGACCUAUCGAAAUUGAGGAGGAUUGGCGUCGAAUUGGGGAGGAAUUGGGGCGCGCAGAUUACAUGCGAUACGAAAAUCAGCAGCUGUGGAGGGGUAUGGUGCGAUUGCAGCUGGGUUUUCUCCAGCCUCAACCGGACGAGGAGGAGCAGCAGCAGCGGUGGCUCCCGGCGGCACCAGCAGUCUCCUCGGCAGCAGCGCGAUGGCGGCUGUUCCACAGGAGUUUGUGGGAUGGGCAUUACCGCAGCUUGCGAAGGCGAGCCUCGAUACUGAGGCUGCCGUGGUGGCGCUGACCGGAUUGCAGGAGUUUCUGAAUUUAGGCGACCCUGUAGCGUUGGAGAGGUUUGCUCCUCCAAUUCUCAAAGCUUGCCAAUCGCUGUUGGAGGAUGAGGGCACUUCCAUGACUCUCCUGCGUCCACUUCUCGGGGUGUUGGUGGUCCUAGGGUUCAAAUUCAGCUGGUGUGUCCAGCCCCAUUUUGCCGACAUGGUGGACUUGUUGCUCGGCUGGGCUCUGGAGUCAGAAGUCAGUGAAGUGGAUUGCCGAAUUAUCACCGAUAGCUUCGUCCAAUUCCAGAAACUUUGGGUGGGGAGUCUGUCUUUCUCCAUGAAUUUGCUCUCGAAAUUUCUCGGGGAUAUGGAGGUUUUAGCCCAGGAUGCUACUCCAACCACUCCCCAGCAGUCGAGGAGAUUGUUGGCUCUGGCUUCCUGCUUCGUGACUGUUUUACAAGCAACCACGUCCGGGGUCUUGGAGGCUGAUAAAGCAGAUCUUAUAUAUGAACCGGCUCUGGAGAUGCUACCGCGGCUCAUAAGCUGCUUGGUUACAGCGGGCAGAAAAUUCGCAGAUUUUAGUUGGACUGCCAUUGCGUGUCAGUGCAUGACUUUGUUCGCCGACUUUCUCAAGGAGAAAUUCGCAAACUAUUACUCCUCGGCCCUGCAGGUGCUGUUCCAGAUUCUGACUCCAGAGAUAAAGUCAGCUCAGCGCGGUAGUGUUGUUGGUCUGCUCAGUGCACCAGCGGGCUCAGCAUUGCAGUCUCAACAGGUGCUUUCUCUCCUACAAGUGAACGUGCAACUCAUUUGUGCUCAAGGACCCGGAUUGCAAGCUUCUGCCGUCUCCAAGUUGCUUGAGUGGGAUUCGCCGUUUUCGGGACUGCGUCUUCAUUCUAGUCGUCCGGUCACGGCUCUUAUAGCGACAACAUAUUUACUUCUCUUACAACACGGUUCCAUGGCGGUUAGCCUCGAAGCAAGCAAAUGUUUGAAACAGGAAUUGGAUUUUCUCAGGCUUUUCCUAGCUCAAUCACCCGGGAAAGCUGCUGAAGUUCUCUCAAUGUGUGCUAUUGGGAGAAUAUCUGAUUCCGAGGCCGUCGCGCUAUUUAAAUUUGACCUGACAGCCUUGACUGGUAGCGCUUGUCUGAAGAAGGGGAUCACGUUGAAGUCUCUUGGUGAGAAGAAUCUCUCGGCAGGCCACGCGGGAGAUCAUGCUGAUGUGCAGCUGGCAAAGCUUAUGAAUCUCAAGAGCUUUAUUCUAGAUAGGCUGAAUCCAUCUCAAGACCCCUUGCAAUGGUAUCCUAAUUUGCAGCUCGUAGUUGUACAAGCCCUUCAUAGGAUAUGCUCGCAUAUCCUAUUUAUGAGACUUUCUGGAGCGUACAUUAAAAGCAAAGAUUUUGAAGUAGAUGGGAUCGACCUUUUGAAUGAAUGUUGUGCUGUCAUAGUGCCGUCUCUGCACACAAACGCAAGCUUGCCGUUGAAACUGGAAGUACUGGAUUGGAUUUGUCACUUGUGUGAAGCUGUAAGUUCCCAGAAGGACUUGAUUUCGUCUCUUAAGGUGAAAGGUAAUCAUGGCCUGAACGCAAAUCAUACGAAGACAGGAGAAGUAGCCGGCUUGAGUUGCAGUCUUUUGUGCUCAUUGCUAACUGCCGCAUCCCACAGUGAGCCGAAGGUGAGGGGACGAGUGGCAAACGUGUUUGAGCUUCUUCUACAGGCCGAGAUGGUUGCUCCCGCACAGCUCCAGGCGAUAGCUGUAGUUGCAUUAGAGCAACUCGGCGAUUCUGAGCCUACUUUGCAAGCUGCUUUUCGGAAUGUACUGGCAGCGGUUGGGCCCGCCGCGUUGUGGAUGCGUGGCUGGUUCUGCAGUGGCAGCGACCUUAGUAUUCCUAGCCAAGCUUGCUGGAAGCAGAUGUACACUGGAAAAACCUCAGCGCAGCACUUGCGUCCGCAACAGCUUGUAACUAUAUUGAACUAUAUUUCUCAGAGAUGGCAAAACCUUCCCCCAACUUGGCUACAAAGGCUCGUUCACAAUUGCCCGAGCAGUGCCAGGUCGGGAUCAUCGGCCGUUGAGGAAGAAGAGCGCUCAACAAAGGUCGAUUCCUGUUCUGGCGAUUAUAAAGCAGAAUCGGGACCUGAUGAGUUGGGUUAUGACUCAGAACUGCUUGAAAGGGCAUGCGGUAGUAACAACUUAGCUGCUGGCUGGUGGGCAAUCCAAAUUGGGGCGAGGCAUUUUAUCACUGUUAGGUUGCGAACACAUCUUGGUGGACCUACACAGACCUUUGCCGAUCUCGAGCGUAUGCUCGUGAGUGCUGCUCAUUUAUUUCAAAGUGAUGGUGGGCAGAGGGAUAUCGCUAAUUCUGUAAGCUCCAUGGGAGUACAGCUACUUCCGAUGCGUUUACUUUUGGAGUUUGUGGAAGCUCUUGAGAAGAAUAUAUAUAAUGCUUAUGAAGGUUCGGUUAUCUUGACUCCUGCACCGACGGCAAGUGCUCCUUUUUUCCGAACGAACAAAAAGGUCUGUGAGGAGUGGUUUGUCCGUAUACGUGACGCUUUAAUGAAUCUAAGUGUGGCCAUCCAAUGCUACUCUGGAACGUUCUAUCAUGCAUCCCUCAAACUGCAGGAUUUGACGGUCAUAACUGCAACAGCUUUGAGAGAUUCAGCGCGUCCUCAGUCAUCGGAUAAUCAGUUAUCUUUGAAAGUCAAGGUGCAGCAGGAUGUUUAUCGAGUCCUACGACAUGCAUCACUCGCUCUCUGUAGAGCUCAUGAAGUAGAUGCCCUUCUUGGUCUCCAAAUGUGGACAUCGUCAUCCUUCGGCGCCUUGUUGACAGAGGAUAGCUCAUUGUUGCAGAAAGAUGUGGGUCCUCUAGGUUGGAUGACUGGACUAGGAUACCAAGCACAGGGUCAGUAUGAACGAGCUGCAGCUCACUACACGCAUUUACUGCAAUCUGAUGAAGCACUGGGGAUUAUGGGAGCUGAUGGAGUUCAGUUCACAAUUGCUCGGACCAUAGAGAGUUAUGGGGCACUUGGUGACUGGGAAGCUCUAGACAGCUGGUUACAGGAACUUCAGUUGCUCCGAGCAAAACAUGCUGGAAAGGCUUAUUCCGGUGCUUUGACUACAGCAGGCAACGAUAUGAACGCCAUCCAUGCCUUGGCGCGAUUUGAUGCGGGUGAUGUACAAGGAGCUUGGGGAUACUUGGAUUUGACCCCGCAGAGUAGCAGCGAACUCACUGCUGAUCCUCGUCAAGCACUUCAAAGAAGUGAGCAAAUGCUUCUUCAGGCUAUGCUCCGCCGAAGCAACAGGGACGACGCAGAGCGGGAUUUAGCAACGGCUAAAGCAAUGUUAGAGGGUGGUCUUCUGGUGGCAGCACUUGAUGGAUUAUCUGACGCAGCUCCUUUUGUCAUGCAACUGGAGUGCAUCAGGGCCUACGAAGCAACAGGAAUACUGCGCAGCGUACAUGACGAUUUUAGUGUGUUGAAGUUGUCUGAUACGGCGUCUAUGAGUGCCCUGCCGCAAGUAAUUGAGUCUCCACUUGAUGUGCUUGAACAGGACUGUCACCAGUGGCUUAAGCUCUUUCGCGUAUAUCAUACAACACUCCCAGAGUCUCCAAUAACGUUACAACUUCAUCAGCAGCUUGUGAGGCUGGCCCGCAAGCAAUUUAAUAUGAGAUUAGCCAGACGUUUAUUACGUCAAACUCCUAGCGAGCAGGCUUUUACCGGUGCAGGAUCACUUAGCAGGAAUCUUCUAAUAGGUUUCAAGUACGAGCGAAUCCUUCUGCAUUACGCUGAAGAGAAACAGGAGGAGGCUAUGGUGGAAUUGUGGGACUUCGUUCGAGGCUCUAUGUUCAUCAACCCUUUUGCACAUACCCCCGAAGCUGGAAACUCUAUCAUGGCCAAGGCCUGCUUAAAGCUAUCUUCCUGGUUGCAGCACAAGCCUCCUCAGAUCUCUGCAACUAGUCUGGUCCCUAAAUUGAAUCUGGAGAAUGUGGUCGGUCACAGACUUGAGAACGAUGACAAUGUGGAUUUCCGGGUCACUGAAGGAUCACCAAAUGGGAACUUCACCUCAAUCCUCCAGGAGAUAGUAGGUGCAGGUACCAAGGCUGCAACUGUGCUCUGCCCGGACAUGGCGAAGGCCUGGUUCUUGUACGCUUCAUGGUGCUACGAUCAUGCGAAAAGUUUCCUCACUGGAUCGUGUGUGCUCUCGACGCCCCUGGUGUUCGAUCAACUACUCGAGUCAGAGCUCGAUACGAAUGGGGACAGCCUGACUGUCUCUGUGAUAGCGAAAGUUAUUACCGCUGCCCUUGCCAAAACUGGCGAAGAAGACGUCGACGCAGAGAGUAGGGCAGACCAUGAAAGCAAGCUAGCCAGAGACAAGAUCCUUGGGCUUGAUUCUCUUGCGCAGCGCCUCCUCUCUAUCAUGCAGAAUGCUGCUGGAGCGGUUGGGGUUGAAGAUUCCGAUGGCGAAUCUCCUGCGAAACAAUUAAGUAUGCAGUUGCUACAAGAGCUCCAAAUGCUCCCCUUCAUGUCCAACCCUUAUGAAGUUGGUGCCCUCGUUCACCAGUUGAUGCAGCUCUGGUGGGACUUGAGACGAAAAAGGGUUUCCUUAUUCGAACAUGCUGCUCGAGGCUUUCUCCAGUAUCUUUCUAUGUCUAACAAGGAGAAACCAAGCGGUCUGUGUAGUAAGAAAGGCUGGUCUGAUAGACUCAAGUUAAAGAGGGCUGACGGGGUCUUAAGCGCUUCUUUGUUCGUGUUGCGGAUCCUCCUCAAUUAUGGUGUUGAGCUUGAGGAAACUCUAGUCCAAGGGCUUGCUUCAGUACCUCCAUCGCCCUGGCAGGCUCUGACUGCGCAGCUCUUCGCGCGGCUGAGUAGCCAUCCGGAGACGAAGGUCAGAAAACAGUUGGAAGCCUUACUGAUGUCUCUGGCCAAUGUUUCACCUUGGGCUAUCGUCUAUCCUACUUUGGUGGAUCUGAAUGCUUGUGAAGGCCAGCCAUCUGAAGAGCUACACCGUCUUCUCAGCUGUUUGGUGAACCUACAUCCCAAACUUGUGAAGGAUGUCCAAGUCAUGAUUGGAGAGCUCGGUGCAAUCACAGUUCUUUGGGAUGAACAGUGGCUUAGUACUUUACAGGACCUUCACGCAGACGUUAUGCGAAGGAUUGCCACGCUAAAGGAGGAAGCUGCUAGAGUAGCUGAAAAUCCAACACUUUCACAUGCAGAGAAAGCGCGCAUUAACGCAGCUAAGUACUCAGCGAUGAUGGCACCUGUAGCUGUUGCCUUGGAACGUCGACUUGCGUCAACGUCAAGACCUCCAGAAACACCGCAUGAAGUGUGGUUUCAAGAACAGUUUGGAGCUCAACUGAAGACUGCCAUUCUUAGCUUCAAAUCUCCUCCUGCAGGCUCAGCAUCGCUUGGCGAUGCUUGGCGCGUGCUGGACACUAUAGCGGCAUCUUUUGGGAAUCAUCAAAAAAAGUCUUCUACGCUUCUCAGUGACAUCUCUCCCAGGCUUGCUGCUCUAAGGUCAUCAGAUGCUCCAAUGCCUGGUUUAGAGGUUCGGACAUCAGGAUUUGAAUCUGGGCCCUCAGAUAAUCUUCCAGGUGGACUUGGAAGUACUAAUCCAGCUGUUAGCCACUCUGGGAUGGUCACCAUAACUGCCUUCGACGAGCAGGUUGCAAUACUUGCAACCAAGACCAAGCCCAAGAAGCUUUCAAUGUUGGGUUCUGAUGGUGAGCGCUACACGUAUCUUUUAAAGGGGCGUGAAGAUCUGCGACUUGACGCCCGUAUCAUGCAGCUCUUGCACGCAGUUAACGGCAUGCUUCAAGCUCACAGUCCUACUCGCAGACGAGGUCUUAGUGUAAGGUACUACUCAGUUACACCCAUAAGCGGAAGGGCAGGAUUAAUACAGUGGGUUAAUAACCUCACGAGUAUGUACGGUGUAUUCAAGUCUUGGCAACUUCGAGUCCAAGCCGCACAGCUUGCCUCGAGUGGAGCCCUUAAUACUCCGAACCCGCCUGCAGUUCCACGGCCCAGUGACCUAUUUUAUGGCAAAAUUAUUCCGGCACUCAAAGAAAAGGGCUUGAGAAAGGUGAUCUCGAGGAGAGACUGGCCUCAGGAGGUGAAACGGAAGGUUUUGUUGGAACUCAUGAAGGAAACGCCUCGGCAGUUGCUUCAUCGGGAGCUUUGGUGUGCAAGUGCUGGACUUCGUUCGUUCAGCUCGAAGCAGGAAAAGUUUUCUGGAAGUGUGGCCGUAAUGAGUAUGGUAGGAUACAUCUUAGGACUUGGAGACCGGCAUCUGGACAAUAUUCUCGUGGAUUUCUGCACCGGGGAUGUGGUGCAUAUUGACUACAACGUCUGUUUCGACAAAGGGCUUCGACUUAAAAUUCCAGAAAUUGUUCCAUUCCGCCUUACACAAACAAUCCAGGCUGCGCUUGGAUUGACUGGAGUUGAAGGCGUGUUUCGUGCAAAUUGCGAAGCAGUUCUAAAGGCGCUUCAAAAUAAUAAGGACCUGAUCUUGAUGCUUUUGGAGGUAUUCGUUUGGGAUCCAUUAGUUGAAUGGAUGCGAGGAGAUGGUCACGACGAAGCUACCAUCGGUGGAGAGGAGCGCAAGGGAAUGGAGCUCGCUGUCAGCUUAAGCCUAUUUGCAUCGCGCGUGCAGGAAAUUCGUGUGCCUCUACAGGAGCAUCAUGAUCAGCUGCUCUCAACCUUACCAGCCGUGGCCCAAGCCCUCCAGAGCUGGACGGAAGCUCAAGAUCGAUAUGAGCAGGCAAUGACUGCUUCGGGGCAUCUGGAGCAAAAUCGUGUUACAGCAGCAAAGACCGAGGGAGCUGGAAGAGCACUCAUGCAAGAAGCAUCUCUAAGUUUGGAGAAGGCUAGACUUGGACAUGAGGUACAAGCUCGAGACUUUGCACAGGUGAAAAGUUUGCUGACCGAGGCUGCUGUGGAAAUGACGCAGUGGGUGGAACAACACAGUCGAGUUUUAAAUGCCCUUCGAAAUGGCAAUGCAUCGGAAAUUCAAGCUAUUGGGCAGCUUCCCAGUCCAGUUGAAGCUCUCUCUUUAAUAUCUGCAGUAUUAUCAGCUGGAGUACCAUUGACCAUUGUGCCGGAACCUGCUCAGAUUCACUGCAGGGAGGUUGAUAGGGAAGUUGCACAACUCAUGGCUACCCGCCAUGAAGCGCUCUUACAGGCAUCAAGGGCCUUGCAGUCAUACUCCACGGCGUUGCAGACGCUUUUGCCUGCCAAUUAUAUAGUCAGUAGUGACGGGAACACUUGGGCUAAAAUCUUGCAAGUUUUAGUCACUAAACUUUCACCAGAUGUAUUGGCCGCUGCUAAGAGACAGGCUUUGGAUCUUGUAGCAAGAGGAAGAGGGGACCAUGACGAAGUCAUCAGGCAAAAGUAUGAGUCCGUACAGAUGCACGUUGAUCAUCUGUGGAAGGAAGUUGGUAAGCUUAAAGCUGAGUGUGCUGAAUUGGAGGCAUCGAUUGAUGUGGAAGCUGAGCGGAAAUCCAAAGAUCGUCUUCUUACAAUUUUCUCAAGGCACUUGUUAUUGAAAGGUAAGUCAAAGAAGGAUGAGGAAUUUGUCGGCACUGCUGUGAAUCACAGCAAACACGAAGACUCGAAAGAUUCCUCUGUGGAAACUGGUGAAAAACGCGCCAAGGUCAAGUUUGUACUUCAAAUGUCGGUAGCUACUUUGUUCAACGAAAUCUAUGAGAGUGUGGGGAAACUUACUGCCGAUCGCGGAGCCUACAGAAAUGUUGAUGAGAAGUCUAUGGAAUCCUGGGAUUGGUGCCUACCCCAGUUGCAAGUGCAGAUUGAGAAGUGGUUACUGAUUUCAGACCUGGUCACGGAACUUCAUCAGCUAGGAAGUCCCUUGGCCAAUACUUUCUCUCAGGUUGUCGAAUGGGCUGGAAACUGUCGUGCCUGCAUGACUGGUGUUGAGGAUCUGGGCAAUCAAAUGGUUGGUCUCGUUCUACCGGAAACGAUCAAAGCUACACUUUCACAUGAUCCCGCAGUGCUAGAAGCAUUCACCUCCCUUUCUCGUUUGCGGUCUUCUGUCGAUUUAGCGCUGGAACAAGUCUCCGUCAUUGAAGCCCAAAGAUCCUCCCUUCUGGAUCUAGAGAAGAGCUAUCCAGAGAAAGUUGAGCAAAUCUCCAAACGACAGUCGGAACUAGAGCACAAUGCAGCCAAAUCUAGGGAACACCUGUCAUGGGAAGAGGCAGAGGAAUUGGCCAGUGAAGAAGAGGCUUGUCGUGGUGAAUUGGAAGACCUUCAUAAAGCUUGGGCUCAGCGUAGUUCCCAAAAAUCUGCCAUAGCAAGAAACGAGAUGAACAUACAAAAUGCCUUGGUAGCUGCUGAGCAGCGCUUUGACUCCCUUGUUACCCUUGAUCCAGAAGGAGACCUGCACCUAAUGUGUGGAAAAGUUCUUUUGGCAGCGUUCGCCAGAUUGUUCUCUGGGUUAGAGCCCUUGGACCACGCAUUGACUGAUUUCGCAGAUAUAAUUACAGAGCUUAAUGAAGAUUCUGUCAAUACCACCGAAUUGUUGGCAGCUGGUUACCCGGGGCUGAAAUCCUUUUGGAGAUCUUCCACUGCUAAUAGUGAGAAGAUGUUCUUUGUCUGGAAACUCAGGAUAAUGGAUACACUUCUGACAUCAUGCAUCCGAGAUGCAGCCUCGAGUGAAGAUAUGAAUCUGGGUUUGGACCAGAUUCUCAGUUUGCAGAAGAAGAGGCUAGAGACUCAGUUACAUGAUUUUCUCGAUCAGUACUUGAGAGAAAGGCUAGGCCCGGUCGUACUCAACUGUCUUUUGAAGCAAAAGCAGCUGCUUAACCCUCUCGUGAGUGAUGGUGAAGAUGAGGCUCAGCAAGUCAAGAGAGAAGAAGAGCUGGUUAAAAGAGCUUUGCGCCUUAUUCAUGAGUAUUGUGAUGCUCAUGAGACGGUGCGUGCAAAGAAUUCCACUGUGCUGCUAUUAAAAGCUGGAGUUGAAGACUUUAUGCAGGCUCUUCGUGAAGCCCACAUGGAAGCUGCACAGAUGGAGUGGUUGCAUGAUACUGCCUUGGGACGCACAGUCCCUCAGAAUCGGCUGCUUGGACUUCCGAGCUCUGUAGUUGGGGACCAAACUGGAACAAGUGUGGCUUGGUGGAGUAGACGACAAGUUCUUGACAGUUUGCAGUCAUCAAUAUCCGCAAUUACAAGAGCUACGGAGAGCCUCCAAGGUUGUGAGGUUGCUGGACUUUCAGCUGAAGAGCAGCUUGAUAGAGCCAUGGCUUGGGCAUGUGCAGGUCCCAGCACUAACACUGCUCUGGGCAGUAACUCAAGUCGAACUUUAGGGAUACCGUCAGAAUUUCACGAGCAUCUUCGUAGAAGAAGGCAACUUCUAUGGUCUGGACAAGAACAAGCUGCUGGCAUUGUGCGACUUUGUGCCGCCGUCUUAGAAUUUGAAGCUUCACGGGAUGGUUUUUAUACCUCUUAUCAAAAGGAUAUGUCAGUCUCUGGUGCCAUCAGUGAAGGCCGUCCUUGGCACCAGACUUACCAGAAUCUGAUCUCUAGGCUGGAGUCUACUUGUCUUUCCUUUACCCGUUCCGAGGUUGAGUGGCAAGCUGCACAAAAGAAAGCGGAGACUGCGAGUGCACAUUUGUGCAAGGCAACGGAAGAGCUUCGAGCAGCAUCUUUGGAAGUGGAAACAGCGUUAAGUGAAUUACAAGCCGCAAAACUUGAGCUCCGGGGAAUCACAGUAGAAGCAUCAGCUGCUGUAUCUGCCUUCUGUCGAGUCAUGAGGAGUCAUUCCGCCCUAACAGUGGAGAGUGGCACUAUGAUAGAAGAGGUUCUUGCCAUCACCGAUGGUGCAGAGGGUGCCCAUGACGUACACAGCCUUGCACAAGAAGCUUCUGCAGAGCAUAAGCAUCUUAUGUUUGACUUGAACAAGAUCAAUUUGCUAUUAUUACCUCUGGAGCCAAUGCUCGCUUCAGCCGCAACAGCCUUUGCACGGACAACAGUCCGUGACCUGGAUGCAGAUGGAGAUAUUGCAAGUCAAAGUCACAGUCAGGCGAUACUUCAAUCUCUCUUAAAGACGAUCAAGGAGGCAGGCCCUGUAGUCACCCGGACAGUUCCGGGGAUGAUAAUUUAUGUGAACAGAUUACACUCAUCAUUGACUAAGCUCGCACGUACUGCGAGUUCAGAUGCAGGAUUACUUCACAAGGCUUUGGAGGGAGUUGGUGAAAGUCAAGAGGCAAGGUCACAGGAGGUCGUUGCAGCCGGCUCAGAGCUUGUAGUCGAGGGUUUAGCAUCUCCAGAAGGUCAAUCACACGGUUUCGUUGACCCAGAUACUGACGAAGGGCCCAUAUGUAUCGUCUCUCAGUCAGAGGAUCUUUUCUUUCAAGAUGACGAGGAGUGCUGGAUUUCCCCUCCAGAUAAUGCACUCAGUAUCGAGUCGUACAAUGCACCUGAAACAGGUUCUGUCCAUCUUUCGGUCGAAGCCUCACAAAGACUGUCAGCUGAUUCGGGCGCUUCUGAAGCAUCUGAAAGUGAUAGAAUCAAAUACUCUGUAUCGCACACUCCGUUUAUUCGUGCUCCCGGACAGGGAGGUGUGGACAUUUCUUCUAUUGAAGAAACUGUAGAGGACGUGGGAAGUAGUGCAGCAGUUACAGCGGAUGGACUUGAUGGAAAUGUUCCUGCAGUUUCCUCAAAUUCAGGAAGGAAGGAGAAGACUCGAGAUUUGCAGCUGUCAAUAAAACCUCGGAAAGGAACAUUUGAUUUUUCAAAGUCUUCGAAGUUUCCGGGGACGGCACACACUCCAUACGCGUUUGUGUCGCCUGGGAGUCAUCUUGAUCAUCAUGCUCGCACACCUCUGACCUCCAGACCAGAUCAAAAUUCAAGAGGAAAAGGUGGCUUCGCGAGUAGCAGUUACCCAAAUUUAUCUGACUUCCAACCAUGGACAAUCAAAGAAAAAAAUGCGUAUGCCGUCUCUGUUCUGAGAAGAGUUCGACUGAAACUUGAAGGUCGAGAUAUCAAUGGCAGCAGGCAACUACCUGUCGCUGAUCAUGUGGAUCACUUACUUCGGCAAGCCACUAGCCUGGACAACCUUUGUAACAUGUACGAGGGCUGGACUCCCUGGAUUUGAGAAGGUGGCCACUUCUGAAACGAGGGAGAAUUGCAAGUGAAUUUGAAGUCCUUGUCCUCAUGUUUGGGAAAGGCAUUGUCUACUUCGCCCACCAAGCGGAAUCUUAAACACGUCAAUGUGUUCCUCUUGGGAGAAGUUUGAAAUGCUUGUUUCACCGCGAGUGGUCAAAGAGUGGAAGGCUUAUGCCUAUGAUUCUUAUAUCGACUUGUCUACUGUCUUGAACUUCCUGACGUCGACGCUAAGCUCGUAUUGUACGAAGCCCAAUCUCUGAAAGUCAUCGGAAUGUAAUACUAUUGAAACUGUCGACAACUCAAAUCAGAGACCCAGCUUUAUAAAUCAGGGCACGAAGUCGAUUAACUUGAUAUUCAUCGCGUAAUGCGGACCCUUCUCGGUGACCAUUCUACAAGCUGUGCCCGUGGCUGUCUAAAGCACCUAAAUUCAACCACUGAGCUUGACGGAAACUUCGCACCAGCCCUUCCUCAUGAGAAGUGAUGAUGUGUUUGGUGCUAAGUACUGAACGAUAGUGGGAAUCCCCUUCUUCAAGAGUUUCUAUUAGCUGCGGAUGGAAUCAGCGUUGAAGAAAGAUAUGGAUUGCAAGUAGAUUGUUGGGACCAUGUCUGCUAAAGAUGCAGCAAAGACCGAAGAGAACCAAGUGUGCUUUACAAGUCAAAAAUAUAAUACGUGAUCCUGGUUCAGAAGGAAUUAAACAGGAUUGUGUCCAGUGAAAGCUCUAAUUCGAAGGUUUCGAAGCCGCACAUGAAACGCUAUUGUUGUAAUUUUGGGUUUCACAUGUAUAUUUUAUAUAGCAGCUAGCCUAUGCUAUCGCUGAUAAGCAAAUAUGCUUAUGAGCGUGACAAUGAAUGAUGGAAAUUGUGGUUUUGAAUUCAUAGAGCAGGGGGGCAUUACGGUUGGCUUACCAGCCCGCGCAUCUUUUUGUUUCAUAUAUUUCGA